GCCAGCUUUUUGAACGGUUCUUUGAAAGAAACGACUCACCAAGAUCCGGCUCCACUCAAAGAGCCCUAAAGCCCAUCUCUAGGUCAUGUGACUUAUGAGCCACUUCUCACCCAGCACUCAUAGUAUGUUGUGAUCGACAGAGUGAAAACAUGAGAGCGUGGGUGGAAACGUUCCUGCUACUGUUGGCCGCUGCGGUUCCAGUCCAAACACGGAGAUGCUCGUCCUUUUUCUGCACAAAAUACCGCAAUAUCAGCAGCCUCAAUGGCGUGGACCCUGGCUCUCCUCUUUUUAUCACUCCUUACCUGGAGAAGGGCGCCAUUGAUGAAGCCAGGACCUUAAGCCAGGUUGGAGAGCUACCUGGUGAAAACGUGAAGAGUUAUGCUGGUUAUCUUACAGUCAACAAGAAAUACAACAGUAAUCUCUUCUUCUGGUUCUUCCCUGCACUUAUGCCUUCCCAGAAGAAGGCCCCGGUUCUGCUGUGGCUCCAAGGUGGUCCCGGUGGCACCUCACUGUUUGGGCUCUUUGUGGAACAUGGACCCUAUGUGGUUUAUAAGAACAUGACGGUGGGACUGAGGGAUUACGCGUGGACCCAAAGAUAUUCUGUGUUAUACAUUGAUAAUCCAGUUGGAACCGGUUACAGCUUCACUGAUGACGAUAGAGGUUUUGCUCAGAAUCAGGAUGAUGUUGGGAGAGAUCUAUACAGUGCUCUCACACAGUUCUUCCAACUCUUUCCUGAAUAUCAGUCCAAUGAGUUCUAUGCUACUGGAGAGUCAUACGCUGGGAAGUAUGUUCCUGCCGUCUCAUACUACAUCCAUAAAAACAACCCCACCGCCAAGGUGAAGAUCAACUUUAAAGGCAUGGCCAUCGGCGACGGCCUGUGUGACCCGGAAAUGAUGUUGGGUGGCUAUGGCGAGUUCUUGUACCAGACGGGCAUGAUUGACGAAGUCCAAAAACAGUACGUCAUCAAGCAGACCGACCUGGGGGUCAAACUCAUCCAACAGCAGGAAUGGCUAGAAGCCUUUAAGGUUUUUGACAGCUUACUAAAUGGUGACGUGGCACCAUAUCCUUCCUUCUUCCAAAAUGCAACAGGCUGCACCAACUACUUCAACUACUUGUUCUGCCAGGAACCCAAAGACCAGGAAUACUUCAGCACCUUCGUGACGCUUCCAGAGGUGCGCCGCGCCAUCCACGUGGGCGCCCUGGAAUUCCACGACGGCUCGCAGGUGGAGAAGCACCUGCUGCAGGACGUGAUGAAGAGCAUCAAACCGUGGCUGGGUGUGCUGAUGGACAACUAUAAGGUGUUGAUGUACAGCGGUCAGCUGGAUGUGAUCGUGGCGGCUCCUCUGACCGAGAGGUUCCUGCCCACCGUCAACUGGACCGGAGCGGAGGAGUACAGGACGGCCCCUCGCUUCCACUGGAAGGUCCAGCCCAGUGACACGGAGGUGGCUGGUUUCGUCAGACAAGUGAGAGAGUUUUACCAGGUCAUCAUCAGAGGAGGCGGCCACAUUCUGCCUUACGACCAACCAGCCAGGUCCUUUGAUAUGAUUGACAGGUUCCUCUCCACACGAGGGUGGCUAUAGAAGCAAGAUCAAUCACAGUGAUGAGUUGAAUCAGCACAAUUAAUGAGAUUAACUGAUAUUUGCCGAUGGGUGCUGGUGUCUCAGUCGUACCGUCAAAUCACAAUUGCAAAAUGCCUUGUAUUAUUUUAAGUCUGUUUUUAAAGGAAUCAUUGCUGCAUUUGUUUUUUUAAGUAACUUGAUUUACCAGGAAAUAAAAUGCACUUUUAAAAGAAAUGCAUUGUGCUUAUAUCAUGAAUCCCGACUUAACUAAAUAAGCAUAAAAUGGAUGACAGUCGGUUAGCUGCAUGUUGCAGAGCAAGUGCUUUAUUUUCAUACCAUAAUGUAACUGCAGCGAUAAUGUCGGACAUCUGUACAAAUGCAAAAAAAAAACAAAAAUGGGGGACACAAAUGUACAAAGUUAUGCAGACAAGGAUCAAUUGAUGACAUAUAAAGAACGUAUUGACGCGUUGAAACGAGCCUCCACGGAGACAAAAGGCAAGUGCUACAAUGCAAACAUUAUGUACACGCAUGUAUUUCCCUUCAACAAGAAAGGUGGUUGCUUUACAUGGAUAUGAUUAUACAAAUUCAGGGCAUUAUUUACAAUAUUUAUUACAUUUAAUAAAGUAUUCAUGUGUAGGAAUUAUUCUCCGACACAACAUUUUCCUCCAUAUAAAGCAACAAAUAUGAAUUUUCCUGAAAUCUGCCAUUUUUGUCACAACAGUGACGUCCUCCUGCUGAGUCCCACUCAAAUGAUUUCAUGUGAGAUUUUGUUUAAUAAUAAUAAUAAUACAAGAUGUGGUUUCAAAAGAUGGAAUAAAGCCCUUUUUGAGGAGAACACAUUCAUCCACACACACAGGAGGGGGGUGUCCGAUGUGUAACGAUAACAACAACAAAAACAAGACAUUUACUAUGCAGACACUAUGUAGCGGUCUUAGUGCAGGAGGAACUUUGGUUGUGUGCAGGUCUCUUGAAAUGCUGGCUUUUCGACUGUAUAAAACAGCAUUUUUUUUUACUUUACUGAGAGUAUUAGGGACACAAUUCAGAAUAAAAUGGUAAAUUUAUGAGAAACAAAGUUGUACAUUUAAGACUUUGCUGUAAUGCCUUUUAUUACUAAUACUAAAAAUGUUAUUAAUUAUCACAAAGUAUUAGGGCCACAUUGGAAAACAAAAAUAUAAGAUUUUGAGAAUACAGUUGUAAGUUUACGAGAAAAUAAACU